UGUGACCCACCGAACCGGAAGACAACCACGCAGAGAGCAGAGGCUGGUAGCGGAGAGAUGGCAGCCGCGGCUGUGGCUGAGUUUCAGAGAGCUCGGUCUCUUAUUGGAACUGACCGGAACGCUUCUAUCGAUAUCUUACACUCUAUAGUGAAACGGGACAUCCAGGACAGCGAUGAAGAGGCGGUGCGUGUUAAGGAGCAGAGCAUCUUGGAGUUGGGUGGGCUGCUGGCAAAGACUGGACAAGCAGCAGAGCUCGGAGGCCUCCUGAAGUAUGUGCGCCCUUUCCUCAACUCCAUCUCCAAGGCCAAAGCAGCCCGGCUGGUCCGCUCCCUGCUGGAUUUGUUCCUGGACAUGGAGGCAGCCACGGGUCAGGAGGUGGAGCUCUGUCUGGAGUGCAUCGAGUGGGCCAAGGCUGAGAAGAGGACGUUCCUCCGACAGGCGCUCGAGGCUCGACUCAUCUCUCUGUAUUUUGACACAAAAUGCUACCAGGAAGCACUACAACUCGGCUCCCAGCUGCUCCAGGAGCUGAAGAAGAUGGACGACAAGGCGCUGCUGGUGGAGGUCCAGCUGCUGGAGAGCAAGACGUACCACGCACUCAGCAACCUGCCCAAGGCCCGCGCCGCCCUCACCUCAGCCAGGACGACCGCCAACGCCAUCUACUGCCCGCCCAAACUGCAAGCAGCUCUGGACAUGCAGUCAGGGAUCAUUCACGCAGCAGAGGAGAAAGACUGGAAGACGGCGUACUCAUACUUUUACGAGGCCUUUGAGGGCUACGACUCCAUCGACAGCCCCAGAGCCAUCACCGCACUCAAAUACAUGCUGCUCUGCAAAAUCAUGCUCAAUGCCCCAGAAGACGUCCAGGCCCUCAUCAGUGGCAAACUUGCUCUACGAUACGCAGGCAGACAGACAGACUCCCUGAAAUGUGUGGCACAAGCCAGUAAGAACCGGUCGCUCGCAGACUUUGAACAGGCGCUAACAGAGUACAAAGCGGAGCUGAGGAAUGACCCCAUCAUCAGCACCCACCUGACCAAGCUGUACGACAACCUGCUGGAGCAGAACCUCAUCCGCGUCAUCGAGCCCUUCUCCAGGGUGCAGAUUACACACAUCUCCUCGCUCAUCAAGCUCCCUAAGAGAGACGUAGAGAGGAAACUAUCUCAGAUGAUUCUGGAUCAGAAGUUUCAUGGUAUUCUGGACCAAGGCGAAGGCGUGCUGAUCGUGUUCGACGAGCCGGUGGUGGACAAGACGUACGAAGCGGCUCUGGAGACCAUUCAGAACAUGAGCAAAGUGGUGGACUCGCUCUACAACAAAGCAAAGAAACUCACAUAAGAGAGAGUGAAAGCGUCUGUCCUCCUGUCGGAAGGGAUUUGGGCCAGUCAGAUCUCCUUCGCUCUCCCACCUCGAUCUGGAAGGGACGGAGGAGGGGGGACAGGGAGAUUACUAACAUUCAACCCAGUGAGCAAACCAACCUGUUGUCCAGAUAAAGACGAACCACCCCCACCCCAACACAGAAGAAGAAUGGAACAGGGUCACUCCUCUAUCAGCCCUCUGUUCUCCCUGCUUCUUCUCACUGUCUCUUCCUCCUUUGGGGUUGAUCAGGGCACACAGUGCUCCUCCUAGUGGACCAAUCGCAGCACUGCGUUUUUUUUGUUUGUUUUUUUUUUCCUCCUCUCCUCCCAUGGCUGGUUUCUACUCUAUGUAAAAUUGGACAAACUUCACUUUUCCUUUUUUUUUUUUUGUUUGUUUUGUUUUUUUCCCUUCCAGUUUCUGUCUGUGCUGGCCAUCAGGGAAUCUUGUAAAAUAACAGUAGAGGAUAAAUAUACAGUACUUAUACAUACAUCUAUGAUAAACAAUGCUAAAAAAUAAAAAAAAUGAUGUUCCGUUUGUUCUGAGAGCGGGAGAAAUGAUGCUUGGUUUGUCUGUAUGUCUUUAUUUGCCAGCCGGCGCUGAAACUGAAUGUUUGCAUUUUUCUAUAGUUGUGGAACACCAACUACAGGCCAGCAGAUAAAUCUCUGAGUCUGCAGGGCAUCAGACCCCCACCACCUCUUCCGCUGUCACUCGUUCUUUCACAUGGAAUAGUGGGGUUGUGGAAAACACGGGGAACCGCUCUUCUGUCCGCUCAAGACCACGAAACUUCCUCCCCAUGUACUACCACUACCUGUUUGUAUAUACAAUUUCCAAUUUCCAAGCGCGUCUGUUGAUUCAAGGCUGGAUAUGUCCACUCCACCCACCCUUACCUUUUUUUUUUGUUUUUGUUUUUUUUCUUUUUUAUAAUGUGUAAAAACAGAAUAAACCUUGCCUCUGAAAGCUUGGAUGCUCCCUCAAAGAACUUUUCUGGUUCUGAGGGUUAAGUUGGCUUUGCUGGAGAAAAUUGAGCUGUAAAUUUUUUGGGAACUGAAUUUUGCAAAGACUUAUGGGUUCACCUUGUAUGAAUUAGAGAAAGACAAAUGCUAAUAAAAAAAAAAGAAACCGAUAAGUUGUCAAUUUAA